GUUUGUACCUGUGAUAUAGGACUAAUACAUUAAGAUGCUACGGUUUGUUUGUUUAGCAGUAUUUUUUCAUUUAUCUGUGGGAGAAAUUUUUGAUUUCGUGGAUAUUGAUGAUGAAAAUUCUCUGUGGCGACAAAGUGACAAAAUCCAACAAAAGACAACAGAGUGCCAGGUACAAACAAAAAGUGGUUUGAAAUAUGGUACGUGUGUCCCAUACGCCAACUGCUUAUUAUCACAAGGAAAUCCAAGUGGGAUAUGUGGAAUACUCAAAACCUGCUGCGUGUAUGAAAACACUUGUGGAAAGUCAAGUAAUUCUAAAGUUAGUUAUUUCGAAGCGAGUGAAGUUUCAAAUGGUGUAACUAAUUGUGAAUAUGUUGUUAAACUUCGAAACAAGAAUAUAUGUCAAGUUAGGUUGGAUUUCAUUAAAUUCAAUUUAGCACCAGCAACAUUAACUUUACCUCAAUAUGCCUCUCAGAAAGUAUAUAAAUGCGUAGACGAUAUACUAAAAAUCAAACCAAACGAUUUCAACAUACCAGAUCUAUGUGGAAAUAACGACAAACAACAUGUCUACGUUCAUGUGAACCAAACUGAUGGAGUGACUAAAGGUGUCUCUUUACAAAUGACGAUAGCUAACAGAAAUUAUAAUCCCGCCCUAUUUUCUCCAUCUUGGAGGAUAAAAAUUACUCAAUUAGAAUGUCCUGGUAAGCGAAGCGGAAUUAAUUUCGGAGAUAACCAGGAUGUAAUCGAAGACUUCCAUCUACUUGCUCCUCAAGGUGCAAUACAAUAUUUCACUGAAUCUACUGGUUAUUUCAAAUCCUUUGGUUUUGAUGGAUCCGUAACUCGCCAGCAAAGUUAUACCUAUGGUCAAUUAUAUGCCAUUGCAUUCAAAAGAGAAGUUGGUGUUUGUGGUAUUAAGUUUUCACCUGACUACAUAUCUAUACCUUACGACAACUCCCUAGGAAUCCAUAAAGAUUCAGAUUGCUAUCACUACUUGUAUGUACCAGAAUUGUACUUCGAUAAUCCGUAUUCUUUGUUCAGUGGACUUGUAGCCAAAGUAUGUUUAGAAACUGCAGAGGAUUUUAGAUCAUAUGCACCAGGACCAUUUUACGUGCAUUUCAAUUCAAAGAACGCCAACUUCACUACAGUAGAGGAAAAGAAACAAGGAUUCAAUAUCAAAUAUCAGUUAUUGAGUAGAUGUCCUUAGAGAGGCCAUAACAGAUUUCUUAAUUUAUUUCUAAUUUAUUUUAAUAUAUUAUUGUGUAGUUUUCAACACUGUUAUAUGGAAAUUAUAUUCAUAGGAUUAAAUAAAACUGAAA